AAUUAGGGUUGCCUAUGCAUGCACAACGGAUAUAACUCUAGUGAGGCUCCGACGGCCAAUUUUCAGGAUUUUGUCCAGAAUCGUGCGAUUCAUCAACAAGUCGCAAUUUUCCGAUUCCAUAAGCGAUUCAUGCGAUUCGUAUCGCUUGCUCCGUGAACCGCAUCGUAUCGGAGGAUACGAAUCGUGUAUCGUACAAUACUAAUAUGGAGGGCAAGAUAGAGACUGCAGACAAAAAGGUACUGGUUGAUAUUGUAAAAUUGGCACAAAAAAGAGGCCUGAAGGGUAAACUGGGAGGCUGGAAAGAAUUCUUGAACAGUUAUGACAAAAAGUUUGGGGCAAGUAUGAGUGAUCCAUCAAAGAGAUCCCAUGAGAUAUUGGCUGCAUUUCUGAAUACAUUUUCAAAGGAGGAAGAUUUGAAGUUUUUUGAUAACAUCAUGCGACAUCAUUCAAAUCAAUACACAUUGGAGAAACUGAAAGACAAAUCUCAUGAUUCUCCUGAGCAGAGGCUGGUCCAACUAACUCUGCAGCAUCCAUUAUAUCCAUUGGAUUAUUCAUUUUCAUCCAUUGAUGAGGAGUGGAUAGUUAUAAACCUUAAAAACAAAUCUAAGGUGAUGAAGUCUACUGCAAUGGUUGCUGUUGACUGUGAAAUGGUUCUCUGUGAGGAUGGGACUGAAGCGUUAGUUAAAGUCUGUGUGGUAGACCAUAAUUUAGAGGUCAAACUAAAUCAACUUGUAAAACCCGACAAGGAAAUUGCAGACUACAGAACAGAAAUCACUGGUAUCUCUUCUCAAGAUCUAGAGGCAGUGACUUGCUCCUUGGCUGAUAUACAGAAAUCCAUGAAGAAAUUGUUACCAAAAGGAACCAUAUUAGUGGGACACAGUUUGCAUAGUGAUUUACGUGUGCUGAAGCUUGAUUAUGUUAGAGUGGUUGACACUGCAUAUAUCUUCCAAUCAUUGGAUGGAUCUAUUCACAGGAGACCUUCUUUGAAUAGAUUAUGUCAGGCAGUGUUGGGCCAUGAAGUUCGGGAAAAGGGUGCUCCACAUAAUUGUCUAGAUGAUGCACGUGCAGCUAUGAAUCUUGUUCUUGCGAGGAUCAAACAUGGAGUCGAUAGGGAAUUUCCAAUUCCAUUGAUUGAAGAGCAUGUUUCAGAAAGUGAAAUGGCAAAGCUUCUUCUUCACAAGAUACCAAACACUGUAGACAAUGAAACACUGCAUAAAAUUGUUCUCGGAGACUUCAAAAUAGAAGUGAAGCCUUCCAGGAAAGGUCAAGGAGAAUAUUAUACUGCCUUGGCUGUUUUUAGAAACCAGCAAGAGGCAGAUGAUGCCUAUGAAAAUGUCCAAGGAAGCAAAUUAAAGGAUACAAAUGGACUUCCACAAAAACGUGUAACAUUUAGGCUGAGUUCAGGCAUGACUGUCAAUAUAUUUGUUCGGAAAAUGGCUACCAAUGAACCCAAUGACCGUACUCCAUCUAAGAGGGCUUUACAAAUGGAUGAGGCAGUUGAUGCUUCCAAGAAAGCAAAGAUGGAUCCAAAAAUUGAAGAGGAUGCCCUGACAAGCUUUGGCAAGGGUGACACUGAGGCCCAUUUGAAUGAGAUUGAAGAACUGAAUCAAAGAUUGAAGCAAAGUGAGAUGGAGAUUGAAUCAUUGAGGAAACAGUUGACACAAAAGGAUUUUGAAAUUACCAUGUUGCAUAAAUUGGUAUCCUCCUUAAAAAAGCGAUAGUAACAAAGUAUAGCCCUGACAUGGUUGGUGGAUUGUCUGGUCAAAUGAAUUCGAGGGUGUGGUCCUCGGGUGAGUCCUUAUAAAGUUAUGGUAAUUUCUUAAAAUCCACUUGGGGUAACCCUGGACUUUUGAUACAUCUUUUAUAGUUGUGAUGUUAACUACUGAUGUUCCAAAACUUGCGUGUUUCCAUUCCAAAUUUGGAAUUAAAAUUUUGCCUCAGAAUGAGUAAGUGGACUGAAGAAUGCAUGUUGUCCACAAUGAACGUUUUACCUUGGUAUCAUUAGUCAUUGCUGCAGUUAAAUUUUUUAUUGGUAGUUUGGCAUGUGCAACAAUGUUAUUUGUUUGAACUAUUUCUUUUAAUAUUAAGAUCGUAGUAGUAACUUUUGAUU